AUGCAGGUGGACGGGAAGGCGGUGGACGGCAGCCUGCUGGGAGAUGCCAACGGCGUGGAACCCGCUCCGGGAAGAGGGAAGGAGUCUGGGAAGUGGCAGAAGCCGCGAUUCUCCAGGAAAGCGCUGAUGAAAUGCUGCCUGGUGAAGUGGAUCAUCGCCAGCACGCAGCCGCAGGACAAAGUGACUCGGCUCCACGCUGACGGUGUCGUUGGCAUCGAUCAGCUGUGUUUGGGCUCCAGCGUCAUACUUGUGCUGGUGGAGAGUGUUGGAACCAUGAACGCCUGCAGGACACGGUGUGCGAAGGUGGUGAGGUGUGUGAUCGGCUUCAUCACCGGGACGCUCAUUCCAGGUACUGCUGCGAUGCUUAAAUAG